CCACAGCCGGAAGCUGCCUUGGGGCAAGACGCGAGGCGGGGGCCGCCGCUCAGACCACCCUGGCGGACCGCGGGUAGGAUAUUCUCACUGUGAGCCUGAUCUGCAAGGUGGUCCCCUUAGGCUGAGCCCUGGCCCAGAGCUUCACACUGACUGUGGGGCCUGUUUAUCUCCUCAUAUUUUGGAUUCUGGCAAUGUUAUAAUGAAUGACACUUUGACAUCAGAUGUCAUUGGUCGGAGAGUCGAAGUUAAUGGAGAACAUGCAACAGUGCGUUUUUCUGGCGUUGUCCCUCCUAUGGCAGGACUCUGGUUAGGAGUAGAAUGGGACAAUCCCGAGAGGGGAAAGCAUGAUGGAAGCCACGAAGGGACUGUGUAUUUUAAAUGCAGGCACCCAACGGGAGGUUCCUUCAUUCGUCCAAACAAAGUAAAUUUUGGAGUAGACUUUCUCACUGCAAUUAAGAACCGCUAUGCGUUAGAGGAUGAACCAGAGGAAGAGAGAAAAGAGCAAAUUGUUACAAUUGGAAAUAAACCUGUGGAAACCAUUGGUUUUGACUCUGUUGUAAAACAGCAAAGUCAGCUGAGCAAGUUGCAGGACAUUUCUUUGAGGAACUGCGCAGUAAAUGGUCCUGGUGACAAAGGAGGAAUUGCCAAAGCUUGUCCUAAUGUUAGAAGCAUAGAUUUGUCAAAAAACCUGUUGUCAUCAUGGGAUGAAGUCGUAGAUAUUGCUGAUCAGCUCAAGCACCUGGAAGCCCUUAAUCUCAGUGAAAACAAACUAAACUUUCCCUCCGGUUCACCAUCUCCAACUGGAACAUUUUCUGCACUGAAGGUUUUAGUCCUUAACCGGAUAGGAAUCACAUGGACGGAGGUGCUCCGCUGCGCCUCCAUGUGUCCUGUCCUUGAGAAACUGUACCUUGAGUCCAACAGUAUCGUCAUUUCAGAAAGGCCGACUGAUGCUCUACAGACGGUCAAGUUGUUAGACCUUUCUUCUAAUCCAUUAAUUGAUGAGAACCAGCUGUUUCUAAUAGCAUAUCUGCCCAGAUUAGAACAACUAAUCCUUUCUGACAUUGGACUUUCUUCUAUACAUUUUCCAGACGCUGGAAUUGGGUGCAAAACAUCAAUGUUUCCUUCCUUGCAAUACCUUGUACUAAAUGACAAUCGCAUAUCACAGUGGUCAUUUAUCAACGAGCUGGAUAAGUUACAGAGUCUGCAUGCGCUGUCCUGCACCAGAAACCCCCUGACUGAAAGCAGCAAAGACGCACAGACCACACGGCAGUUCAUCAUCGCCAGGAUUGGUCAGCUGAGGACCCUGAACAGGUGUGCGAUUCAGCGAGAAGAAAGGCGUGGGGCUGAGCUUGAUUACCGAAAAGCAUUCGGAAAUGAAUGGAAAAAGGCUGGUGGACAUCAAGAUCCAGACAAAAACAGACCAAACGAGGAAUUUCUUGCAGCCCAUCCUAGAUACCAGUCACUCUGCCUCAAAUAUGGUGCACCUGAAGAUGGGGAACUCAAAGUGCAACAACCAUUUUUGCUCAAAAACCAGCUACUAACACUGAAGAUAAAACAUCCUAAUCAACUUGAUCAGAAAGUCAUAGAGAAACAACUGCCAGAAUCCAUGACAAUUCAAAAGGUGAAAGGCUUGCUGUCACGUCUUCUCAAAGUUCCUGUGUCAGAACUUCUGUUGUCCUAUGAAAGUCCCAAAAUGCCGGGCAGAGAGAUUGAACUAGAAAAUGAUCAACAGUCAUUACAGUUUUAUUCUGUGGAAAAUGGAGACUCUCUACUAGUGCGAUGGUAACAGCCAACUAAUAAAAUUCAGAAGUUAGACCGCUUAUUGUGACGGGGGUUCACUGGAAAUAAAUGACUUAUUGGGACAAUUCAGUCCAAAAAAAUGAGGUUUUACAAGUUGCCCUAAGUGUAAAACAGCUGUAUUUUUCACAGGGAAGAGACCGUUUCCAGGCUUGUAUAUAACAGCCCUAAUAAAGGCUUUGCACCUAGUAA